UUCGUGCGGCCAGUGUUUGAGUUUGAGUGCUGGCUCCAAUCCGGCUUCAGUAUUAAAGGCUGCAAGUCUGUGAUCAGCUCCGCUGUCCCGUAUGCGCACCGGUCCAAUGUGCGUUACUGUUAUUAUUCAUCUCUGGUGAAUCAAAGAGCACGAGACCAAACAAUAAGCCAUCACACACGCUGGAAACUCAACAGGUUAAACAUGAGCUGAGUUACACAAACUUAUUCAACAACUUUUUCAUAUUUUGGAGAUGAGUGCAUGGAGGUUUUUUUUCUCCCCCUGCCUUUUUCAUUGCAUUGCUGAUGAAGUGAGUUCAUGAAGAGAGCUUUUUUGUGCUGUACAAGGACACAACUACAUUUGUUGGCAUGAGAGGUAGAGAAUGGCUUGAAGCGAAACGAGAGAUUUGCUGAAGAAUGCACUGAAGUGGAAUCAAAUGAAGAUUUCUACUGUCUGCAUGUGUUCUACAAUAAAAGAUGAAGACGGCAAACAAAUGGAUCGUUUGGGACAAGCUCCUAAUAUAGAUCUGCUGUUUUGGAAUAACAUGAAGAGAAUUCGUAUGGAUUCUUGCCCUGCUCAUGGCUGACAAAGGUGCAGGAUCCGGUCACCUUUAGGAAGACUUUUAAACCUUGGAUUAAGUGUGGACUGAGAUUCAAAUGUGUCGAGGAUGCUUGUCACGGAUAUGUUAUGGUGCGAAGCUGGAUUGAUCGUAUCGCUUUAAUCCACUUGUAGCCUCCCCCAACCCCCCUACCCCCACCCCAUGUCAGAUCUUCCCUAAAUUAUGGAAAUUUUUUGGAAGACGCUGACUUGGAUAUUUAGCCUGGUCUUGGCCGCUGCUGAAGCUCAGAUCCUUUCAUAUAACUCUCAAGCGGAAUUCCUGUCCACGCUGGAGCACUAUCAACUAACAGUACCGGUGCGGGUGAAUGAGAGGGGCCAGUUCAUGAGUUACACUGUGAAGCAUUACAGGCCCGGUCGGCGGCGACGUGGGCUGGACCAGGCUGAGCUGGACCACACUGAGACCAGGCUUUUUUACAAACUCUCAGCCUACGGCAAGCACUUUCACCUGAACCUGACACUCAACCCCAACCUGGUUUCUAAACAUUUCACAGUAGAGUACUGGGGUAAAGACGGACUAGACUGGCAGCAUUCGGCGGUCGAUAACUGCCACUAUGUUGGAUACCUACUGGAUCAAUAUAGCACUACAAAAGUGGCAUUGAGCAACUGCAAAGGCUUGCAUGGUGUCAUAACCACAGAGGACGAGCAAUAUUUAAUAGAGCCAUUAAAAAACAUAUCCAGAAAUUUCAGUGAUGUCAACCACGAAGGACAACCACAUGUUAUUUAUAAAAAGACUUCCAUUCCUUCUCUGCAAAAGCCAAGCGAGGAGUUCAGCUGUGGUGUUUCAGACCUCACAAUAAACAGGACACCCAGCUACGACACGAAUCCUGGAACAAACUCACCUUACCCGGUCCUGGACAGCGACAGCUCGACGAGUGGCCACCGCCAGCGGCGUUCUGUCAGUUCUGAACGCUUUGUGGAGACCCUCGUUGUGGCGGACAAAAUGAUGGUCGGCUACCACGGUCGCAAAGACAUCGAGCACUACAUCUUGUCCGUGAUGAAUAUUGUUGCCAAACUUUACCGGGAUGCCAGUCUUGGAAACGUUGUGAACAUUAUUGUAACCCGACUAAUUGUUCUGACAGAAGAUCAGCCCAACUUGGAGAUAAACCACCAUGCAGACAAAUCUCUAGACAGCUUCUGUAAAUGGCAGAAAUCCAUUCUUUCUCAUCAGGGAGAUGGAAACAGUAUCCCAGAGAAUGGGAUCGCCCAUCACGACAAUGCUGUUCUCAUUACAAGGUAUGACAUCUGUACCUAUAAGAACAAACCCUGCGGUACUCUUGGUUUGGCGUCCGUAGCUGGAAUGUGUGAGCCAGAGAGGAGCUGUAGUAUUAAUGAAGAUAUAGGCCUUGGUUCAGCCUUCACUAUUGCACAUGAGAUCGGACACAAUUUCGGCAUGAACCACGAUGGGAUCGGGAACUCCUGCGGGACCAAAGGUCACGAGACAGCCAAGCUGAUGGCCGCCCAUAUCACAGCCAACACCAACCCCUUCUCCUGGUCGGCCUGCAGCAAGGACUAUAUCACCAGCUUUUUGGACUCAGGUCGGGGAACGUGUCUGGACAAUGAGCCUCAGAAACGAGACUUCCUGUACCCCACUGUGGCUCCAGGGCAGGUGUACGAUGCAGAUGAGCAGUGUCGUUUCCAGUACGGUGCCUCCUCCCGUCAGUGCAAAUAUGGGGAAGUGUGUAGAGAGCUCUGGUGCCUUAGCAAAAGUAACCGCUGUGUCACCAACAGUAUCCCCGCCGCAGAAGGAACCCUGUGCCAGACCAACACCAUUGAAAAGGGGUGGUGCUAUCAGGGUGAAUGUGUGGCAUUUGGGACAUGGCCGCAAAGUGUGGACGGAAGCUGGGGACCCUGGACCACCUGGGGCGAGUGCAGUCGUACCUGCGGUGGCGGCGUCUCCUCAUCCAUGCGACACUGUGACAGCCCAGCGCCGACAGGUGGAGGGAAGUACUGUCUCGGAGAGAGGAAGCGCUACAGAUCGUGUAACACUGACGCUUGUCCAGCAGGAUCAUGUGACUUUAGGGAGAAGCAGUGUGCCGAUUUCGACAGCAUGCCUUUCCGUGGGAAGUACUACAACUGGAAGCCGUACACUGGAGGUGGAGUGAAACCGUGUGCGUUGAACUGUCUGGCUGAGGGUUACAACUUCUACACCGAGCGUUCGCCCGCUGUCAUCGACGGCACGCGCUGCCAGGCCGACUCGCUGGACAUAUGCAUCAACGGAGAGUGCAAGCAUGUUGGCUGUGAUAACAUCCUGGGCUCGGAUGCCAAAGAGGACAGAUGCCGUGUGUGUGGUGGGGACGGCAGUACGUGUGAGGUCACUGAAGGACUGUUCAACGAUUCGCUGCCCAGAGGAGGUUACAUGGAGGUCGUCCAGAUACCAAAAGGAUCGGUUCAUAUUGAAAUCAGGGAAGUGGCCGUGUCAAAGAACUACAUCGCUUUGAAAUCGGAGGGGGAUGACUAUUACAUCAACGGAGCCUGGACCAUCGACUGGCCCCGCAAAUUUGACAUUGCAGGAACAGCCUUCCACUACAAGAGGCCGACUGAUGAACCCGAGUCGCUAGAAGCUCUAGGGGCCACCACUGAAAAUUUAGUGGUUAUGGUGCUAUUACAGGAACAGAACCUGGGCAUCAACUACAAGUUCAAUGUUCCAAUCCAGCGUACAGGAAGUGGAGACAAUGAAGUGGGCUUCUCUUGGCACCAUCUGCCCUGGUCUGAGUGCUCUGCAACUUGCGCAGGAGGCUCGCAGAAGCAGGAGGUGGUGUGUAAAAGACUGGAUGACGGUUCGGUGGUUCAAAACAGCUACUGUGACCCGGAUGGCAAACCGCCAGGAAACCAGCGACCUUGCAACACCGAGCCUUGCCCUCCAGAGUGGUUUAUUGGUGACUGGUCAGAAUGUGGAAAAACCUGUGACGGAGGCAUCCGAACACGUACUGUUUUGUGUAUCCGUAAAAUCGGACCCGCUGAAGAGGAGACCCUGGAGGACAGCCACUGCCUGACCCAUCGGCCAAUAGAACAAGAGUCCUGUAACAAUCAGUCCUGUCCACCACAGUGGGUGACGCUGGACUGGUCUGAGUGUACCCCAAAGUGUGGCCCUGGCUUCAAGCACCGCAUUGUUCUAUGUAAAAGUAGCGACCUGACCAAAACCUUCCCGCCAGCCCUCUGUUCCGACCACAACAAACCUCCAGUCCGUAUUCGCUGCAGCCUUGGUCGCUGUCCGCCGCCACGCUGGAUCCCUGGAGAAUGGGGACAGUGCUCUGCUCAGUGUGGACUAGGGCAGCAGAUGCGGAUGGUUCAGUGUCUGUCGUAUACGGGACAGCCCUCCACCGAAUGUCCAGAGUCACUACGGCCCAACACCAUGCAGCAGUGUGAAAGCAAGUGUGACGCUACACCCAUCUCCGGUGGCGACGAGUGCAAAGACGUAAAUAAGGUGGCAUAUUGCCCAUUGGUGCUGAAGUUCAAGUUCUGCAGCCGUGCGUACUUCAGGCAGAUGUGCUGCAAGACGUGCCAAGGACACUGACCCCGUGGAGAGAAGCAGAGACAGAUGCUGCAAACAAGGAAAGAGAGAGAAAACUGGCAGAGAGAAAAGUCAAUGCUGGGCACAGAGAAGGAAACCUCUCUCUCGCAAAUCAACACACACACACACACACACAACUGCUUUUAGCCCUGUGGAACCCAAACCACUGCUCAGCACUGUGCUGACACCCGUUUUAUUUUCACUUCUGUGAAGUGGGAAUGUAUAAAAUGAUCAUUAUUGUUGUUAUUUUUAUAAUAAUAAUAAUAAUUGCUAUUGGUUAUUAUUAUUAUCAAUGUCUUUCUGUUGUUAUAAUCCAAAGUGCUGGCCACAACACUCACAGAAGUAGCAUGACAGAGGUUUACUUCAAGGCGCCCACUUCGGUAUAUCUAUACAUUGGUAUAUCCCUGGGGCUUGCAUACACACUUCUAACAUGUUUUUUAUCUUGGCAACGCUGCAUUCAGGGGCAUUCAAACGGACAAUGAUUGCUCACACUGGCAGCAUCGGAUCAAUUGGAAGUCAAUUGGAAGUCAUGGCGAUUUGAGGCAACGUAAGUGUCAGAGACUGUUGAUGGUGCAACAAAGUACCGUAACCAACAACCGGAGUGCAGACACCGUCAUUCACAUGAUCUGGCAUCUGAUACAGCAAUCAGAUAGGAAUGUUUCCAAGCAUGGAUAAACAUGGACAAUGUGAAUGCCCUUUUAAGCAAAAAAAAACAUCAUAAUUCAAAUUCUGGUAUUUUAACUAAACUCUAUAGGACAGUAUCCUCCAUGACCAGGGUUGGUGUAGGUGCAAAUUGACUUGACCAGGAGUGUCCAAUCCUACUUCUGUAAGGGUCAAUAUCCUAUAGAGCUGGGGUGUCCAAACUCGGUCCUGAAGGUCCGGUGUCCUGCAGUUUAGAUCCAACCCUAAUUAAACGGGAAACGGGAAGGACGGGAAGGACGGAAAGGACGUGGUUUGUGGCCAAGUAUGGUGACCCGAACUUGGAAUUUGUGCUCUGCAUUUCACCUAUCCAAGUGCACAAGAGUGAACAAACACAUGCACACUGUGAACACACCCGGAGCAGUGGGGGUUCAGUGCCAUGCUCAAGGGUCUCACCUCAGUCGUGGUAUUGAGGAUGGAGAGAGCGCUGGACAUUCCCCACCUACAAUCCCUGCCGGAUCUGGCACUCGAACAUGUGACCUUUGGGUUACAAGUCUGACUCUAGCCAUUUGGCCACGACUUCCCCGUAAAACACACCUGAACCAGCUAAACAAGGUCUUAUUAGGCACGCUAGAAACUUCCAGGCAGGUGUGUUGAGGCAAGUUUGAGGUAAAUUUUGCAGGACACCAGCCCUCCAGGACUGUGCUUGGAGACCCAUGCUAUAGAGUUUAAUGGCAACCUGCCCCAACACACGUCUGGAAGUUUCUAGUCAUCCUGAAGAUCCUGAUUAGCUGGUUCUGAACUCUGGCUGUGCUCCACUUUCACUCACAAACCUCCCUAAGCACUUCCACUCGGGGGAAUCACAACUGCCGUUUUGAAGUGCGCUUAAAGUCGACGAAGGGAGUUUAUAUAGACCGGAGUAGGCAAGUUCGGUCCUGCACAGUUCAGCUCCAACCCUGGAAACUAAGUCUAGGCCCUGCCCCAAAUGGAACAUGUGCACUUGCGGUCUUACGGACUUACAACGGCCGCCGCGUGGGCAUGUCCGUUAAGUCCACAAGACCGUAGGGUGUCCCAUUCGCCAUUCCAGCGUUCAGAAGAGUACUCGUGAGCACCCCCUUUGCAGCCGUUAUGCGCCCUUGAUAUGAACAUCUGCCGAGCCUGCACUGAUGCAAGCUCCGCAGCAGACUUUUACCCGACAGUCAAAUCGGCAUUACUCACGAAAGUGCAGACUCAGAGGAAGACCACAAGUGUUUAGCGUGCCAUUUGGGACAGGGCCUUAGUAAUCCUAAAGACACUGAUUACCACAGUGCAACACAAUACUGAUGUCACAGCAGAUCAAAACAACUCCAUAGUGGAUUCCAGGUGAUCUAGGGUUUAGGACGUUCCAAUUCACCCCAUUGCAAGUGUUCCACUAGUAGUGGGCUGUGCACUCGUGCAAAAUAGUCUCAGCCUCAGAUGUCACGCCCACGGACCACUGGCUGAAUGUCUGAUGCAUACAGCACACUUAGCUGGAAACACUUUAGGAAUUUCAAAGUCGUAAUCGGAUUGGUUGAAUUAUACAGGAUUUCCGAGAGACGUGUGUGUCGUGUUCUUUAACGUUCUGCCUGGAAACAAAAAAUGCUGUGGUGCCAAACCUCUUCACGAAAGAAGAAAGCCGUCAUGUUACAACUAUAAUGACAAGAGGGAGCAGGAUUGGACACCCCUAGAUGGCUGUUCAGCUUGAACUGUUUUUGCGGUUAGUGGAAGAUCAUACAUGUACAUUUAUUCACUUGACCUUGGUGUGGCUACAGCCAGGCUCUACCAGUUAAAGAACUGCUAGACGUGACAGCCCUAGUUGUUUUGACAAUAACUAAAGAUAGCAACCCAAGGGCCAGAGACAAACAGGGUAGUGCGACUGGGUGCUUUGGUGCUGAAUUUGUGCAGAAGAAAUCUCAAUUAGAGCUUCACAGUCCAGAUGUUCAGUUGAGUUAGCCACCUGUUUUACUAAGCUGAAUCACAUGACCACAGGCCAAAGAAUUCCACCAUUGUCUGACACUCGAACAAGGCCUGAAAAUCAGAUCAGUUCCAAAGGGACGUUUCUACUAUUGUGUCUCUAGAAUUAUUGUGGACACCAGAGAGACAUUAAUAGCGAUUCUGACGUGAUUCUGCUUUAUGGAUCCGUAUUCUGCUUUAAAUUCUGGGGUUCUGACAUCUAUGCGUCUGUUUCGGGGACCGGCGUGUUCCAGACGCAAUAAUUUUCGCAUAAAAUGCGUGCUGCAGCCACACUCCGCCACAUUAUCAGCAGAAUACACAGACAAUUCAUCAGUACAGGGAUGACUUGCUUGGAGAUCUCCAGGUCUGUGAUGCUGAUGCAUUAGUAAAGUUAAGUGAAGGGCCAGUGCCUCGGUAACCUGCCAGACCCCGCAGAUCCGGUCUGCCAUCGACUACCUCCAAAACACCCCCUCUUCCUUCUUCCCUGAGAACACAGUGCUUCCAGCCCACACUCUUAAACCCUCCACACUCAAUGGUGCUUUUCUUCCCUCAGUGGAGGACUGUUUGUUCCACUGCCCUUCUUCCGUUCAUCUUUUGAGUGGGUGGCUCUUCUGGCCCCAUGGUGCUAUAAGACCUUGAUGCAUUCUGGGUAUGCGGUCUGACAGAAAACCAAGAAUACGUCAACUCUGUUCCAAAUCCUAGUGAGCUCCCUACCUAGACCUGCUUUUUAAGGCAUCAUAUGUGCAUUUCUGGUGCGAAGGUUGUUCCAAAAAGUAGGCUGUUUCUUUUUUUAACAAAUUCAAGGCGGAAUCACAUAUGGUGGACAAAAAUGUGCAUUAGCUUAGCCACAUGCUACUGGAAUCAAUUGUGAGUCAUGUUUACUGUGCACUUUACGAAUGCUAUUUGUGUGGCAUGUGGGGUUGUUGCCUACAUAGUGUUUCAGUCAAUAGGUCCUAUUCCCGUUACGAUGCUGCUUGAGGCCUGAAAUAUACCACACAAAUGCAAACUUCUAGCUAAGCUCGAUUUUACAUGUCGCGUUACGAAACGUGUUGGAACACGCUACAUUAUUGGCAUUGCCGCAAGUGGUGCUAUAUUGCACAUUAAUGUAAAAUAUUGUCUUUUAGAGUCAGUCUCUUCAGGUCAACCUUGCUUAAAGUCGAAAAAUACAUAAUUGAGGUUUGCUACUCCUAGAACAACUCAAGACCACAUGCUAAGCAUGCUCAACAGAGCCGCAUGUUAGCAUACUUGCUUAAACCAUGUUUCUUGACAUGGAAAGCAGCCGACUAAGCCACACAAAGGAAAGCUUACUAGGUUUUGGAACAGAGCUUUUUGUCUUUCUGUCCUUUUACUUCACAUUGGUUUAAGUUUGUAAACAUUCCAUGAACUACAUGUUGCAUUUUGUCAUCAUCCAUGACUGAGUGACUUUAACCUGCUCUCUCUUAGCCAAGGGAACAUCAAAUACUAAAGCGUCAAUUUCAUCUUGUUACGGGACACAAAACAUUAAUGCAAUUGAGGAUUUAUGGGACAUUUUUAUGUUUUUAACCAUACAACCAUUCUACUUUUGCUGCUGCUACUCUUUUGUAGCCACAAACACAAUAUUAAUCGAUUAUGUAUUAUGAAAUGUUUAUACUGGGAUUAUUCAACAGUGAACAUUGAACAGCGGAACUGUAGGCCCAACAUGCUGAGCAUCCUGAUAAUUGUGCUUUGUAAAAUCCUAAGGCUUGAAGUACAAGUUUACUGGCUUUGGGACACGGACUCUCAAUAAGACACUCAAUGAAACUGGUACUGAUCGCUGUGAACUUGUGUCUUUGAAUGUCACAUUGUUUAACCUGUACCUAUAGAAGAGAGUUUUUCUUUUUUUUUUUGUGAAUAGUUGCUUACAUUUUAUAUUCAGUAUUAUUAAUGUUGGUACACUGUUACUAAUUUUUUUUUUUUUUUUCAUUUGUAAAUUAUAUGCUAAUUUAUUGCCAUGUGUCACCUGUCUUAUGUAUGUUUCACUGCAUGCAAACUGAAAUCUAGUCUAGUGAAAUCGAUGCAGUGGAAUAACACCCUUCACGAUCUUGUUUUAGUCUUGGUAAAAUGUGAGUUUGAAUGUGUCUUAUUUGCUACUAGAGCUCUCUUAAAACUACGUCAGAAUGCAUUUGUGUGAGUCGGUGCGUUUGAGUGUGCGUAUGUUGGUAUGGUAUUACUGCACUGUUUCUCGAGGGCCAGUGCUCACAAAAAUAAUAAUAAUAAAUAAUGGUAAAUGGUGUCAAAGGGUAAGGAAAAAAAUAUUCCCAUAGUAACUUUAACAUUCUCAGUCCUUUGGCUUGUACCCUUGGUGAA